AUGACACAUCACCCGCACGACACCUGGACCCCUCAGUCCUGGUCUACAAAGCCCGUGAUCGCCCAGGCUGUAGAAUAUGAUGACCCGAAAGCUUUAGAAUCGGUCAUCAGCACUAUAUCCUCCCUGCCAGCGCUUGUCAACCCAAUGAAAAUCGAGAUUGCCCGUUACAACUUUGCAGCCGCGGCACGAGGCGAGGCAUUCAUCAUUCAAGGGGGCGACUGCGCAGAGAGCUUCGACGAUGUACACCUGCAUGCUAUUAAAAAGAAGGUCAAACUCCUGCAGGAGCAGUCUCAUCUUCUUGGGCAAGGACUUAAUCUGCCCAUCGUAACAGUGGGACGAAUUGCUGGCCAGUACGCAAAGCCACGGUCGUCUCCGUUGGAGACUUUGGAAGACGGCACGAUAACUCACACUUUCCGCGGACACAAUAUCAACGGCCCCAGUCUGGGAGAGAGACGCCCUGACCCGUAUCGUCUGCUACUGGGAGACUUUUAUUCCAGGACAACCUUGGAAAUGAUCAGGCAUAUUCAAUCUACGCCCACUUCUACGAGUCCCAACUUCGUCCCGGCGCCGAACUCCUUCCCCUUGACCCCGGAAGAGACAGACGUUGAACCAUUAGAGACACCAGCUGGGACUAUCUUUACAUCGCAUGAAGCGCUUCACCUUCCUUAUGAAAGUGCAAUGACCCGCAAUCGUUACAAUACCUCAGCCAGUUUUAUUUGGAUCGGUGAACGUACGCGGCAGUUGGACGGGGCUCAUGUCGAGUACAUCCGUGGCCUGCGUAAUCCCAUUGGGGUCAAGAUCGGGCCAAAUAUUGACAGUUCAACACUGGUUUCUCUUCUCAAUGCAAUUUGCCCUGAGCCGCAUCUGUUAGAGAACUUUGGCCGGGUGACGAUUAUCACGCGGCUCGGCGCAGAGAAGGUCGCCAGUGUUCUCCCCCCUCUCAUCAAAGCCGUUCAGGAAGCAGGGCACACACCCGUCUGGAUGUGUGACGCUUGCCACGGGAAUACACAAACUACGGAGACCGGUCUUAAAACACGUCAUGUAGAGCACAUGCUACUUGAAGCUACCCGGACAUACCAAACACAUCGAGAGAACAACUCUUUGCUGGGAGGGUUGCACCUCGAACAAACGGGAGAAUUCGUAACCGAGUGCCAAGACGAUAAGACUAUGGAUAGGAAGAGUCCUUUGAGCAGUAAUUACCACAGUUUAUGCGACCCACGUCUAUCCAAUAUCCAAGCGUUGAGUCUAGUUCGGCAAUUUGUGGAUUUCGUGCGCAGCUGGGAAGGGAAAGAAAAGCUUGGAUAUUAAUUGGGGUUUCAAGUACUACCCAACGC